GAAUUGUUCAAAAAAAUAAUAAUAGUAAAAAAUAAUCCCUAGACGCCGAAGAAAAGAAGAAACCACCUUGAUGGCUACCUUGGCGGCGGUUGCAGGUCGUAGAAUAGCGAAUGUAACUCGUACACCGGUUCAUUCUCAAGCCUCUUCUCUCAUUCUUCGCCGUGGUCUUGCCGGCGCCGCAGAUCACCAUGGACCCCCAAAAGUUAAUUGUUGGCAAGAACCAAUGAACCCAGCUAAAUGGAAGGAAGAACAUUUCGUUAUCGUCUCUUUAACUGGUUGGGGUCUGCUUUUCUAUGGCGGAUACAAGUUCUUAACCAGAGGCAAAGGCAAGAAGGAAGAGAAUGCAGUGGAAACGGCACAAAAAUGAGGUUGGAGCUUUUAGGUUUUUACAAGAUUCCCAGUAAUAAUGUGUGCCUGUAACUUUGAUGUCCUCAGGAUAUUGUUUUCGCUUUUGUUGAUAAGAUAUUCUGUUGAUGGAUUUGAAAAGUAGUGAAGUAUACUUUUUGAAUUGAACUUUCUAUUGGAUUUCACCUUUUAUAUGAUGGAAAAUGAGGUGUGAAUUAUGUUAUGGGCAGGCAUUGACUAUGUACUGAUACUUCGAUGAAGAUAUAGAAAUAUGCAUAGAAGAACACGUUCUCUCCUCAAAGGAUUGUUUCAAGUACUUAGGGUCUAUGAUACAUAAAGAUGGAGGUGUAGAUGAUGACGUUACUCACCGUAUAAAGGCGGGAUGGCUAAAGUGGAGGGCUGCUAUUGGAAUUCUGUAUAACAAAAAGGUGCCUCUAAAACUUAAGGGAAAAUUUUAUAGAAUGGCA